AAGGUCGUCGUCUGUCGUCAGAUCCGCAAAGCAUUUCGGGCUACUGGAGGCUGAUUCGCCCAACAAUACAAACAACAAGCCGCUGGACAUAUAGUGGAAUCCGCUGCACAUGCAUUGACAUAAAUUCACCCCCCAUGAAUGCAUGCUUAUUUCCUCACUCUUUGGGAAGUGGCAGUAUAUAAUCGCGAAUGAACUGGGAUAAAAUAUCCAUCGCGCGCGACAAAUAGCUAAUCCUAAAAUAGGAAAUACACAGUAACACUCCAGUAUGGCGGACAGUAUGAUGAGUAAAGCAGCCACUAUGGAGAUUCCUUUUAACAGUAAUGGGGACUCUAGGAAUCUAGCAGAAGAUGACAGCCUGGAGCAGGCUGCAAAGAGUCAGUGGCGCUUAAGAGAGAAGGUAGGGAGUCCCGCAGGCCUCAGGGACUUACAGCAGGUCAUGGUGUCCGGACCCAAUCUUAAUGAGACCAGCAUCGUAUCAGGUGGUUAUGGAGGUACAACAGAAGGCAUCAUUCCGACAAGCUCCAUCAAAGGCCCUGCAGUCCGUCUUAACAUUGACUUUUUGGGCAACAGACGCAUUCCAAAUGAAGGGCAAGGGUCCAACAUGCAUCACUCCAGUAGCAAUUCCUCCACGACAGCAGAAGAGGCCACAAGAGGCAUUGCUGUGGAGAAGUUUGACAUCAUGAAGAAAUGGGGUCUGAGCACGUACAAGUGCACCAAACAGAUGAUCUCUGAGAGGUUUGGCCGUGGCUCACGUACUGUGGAUUUGGAGCUGGAGGCUCAGAUUGAGGUUCUGCGGGAAACCAAACGGAAGUACGAGAAUGUGCUGCGUUUAGCGCGAGCGCUAACCAACCACUUUUACAGCAUGGUGCAGACCCAGCACGCCCUUGGAGACACUUUUGCCGACCUCAGUCAGAAGUCUCCAGAACUUCGGGAUGAGUUCGGAUACAAUGCUGAAACACAGAAGUUGCUGUGCAAGAAUGGAGAGACUCUGCUCGGUGCCAUCAACUACUUUGUGUCCAGCAUCAACACGCUGGUGAACAAAACAAUGGAAGACACAUUGAUGACUAUCAAGAUGUACGAGAAUGCCAGGCUAGAGUUCGAUGCACACAGGGCAGAUCUGGAAGAGUUGAACAUGGGCCCACGGGAUGCUGUUACUAUGGCUCGUAUCGAGGCUGCUCAGCAGCAGUACCAGAUCCACAAGGAAAAAUAUGAACGUCUCCGCAGUGAUGUCAGCAUCAAGCUCAAGUUCCUGGAAGAAAACAGGGUCAAAGUGAUGCACAAGCAACUUCUCCUGUUCCAUAAUGCUAUCUCUGCCUACUUUGCUGGAAACCAGCAACAGCUGGAACAGACCCUCAAGGAGUUCAACAUUAAACUCAAACCACCAGGGGCCGACAAACCCUCUUGGCUGGAGGAACAGUGAAAGUGCCCGUUUACCCCUGGUUUCCUGUUAUGUCUUUAUCCACACAGAACAACACAGUUAGGACCACAAGAGACCAGCGUUCUGAGAUGCUAGCAGAGACAGGGGCUUCAACAGGGCCUCCUUCACACUAACUCGCUCUAUACUUCUCUUCCUUGAUUCUUCUUUUCCUCCUCCUCAUCCUGUUCUUGCUCUGAGACUGUUUUCAAGUGUCUGAAUAGUCACAUGUAGUAUGUAACUGGUCCCAAAGGUUCCAAUCAAAUGUCAGUUUAAGCUUCAUCCCUAUAAAAUCCUUCUGAUGUGUCAUGCAAAACAGCUGUUCUUUCCAGAUUAUUCUCAGUCUUACUCGCACGUUCUCUCUCUCUCUCUCACUCUCUGUGAGUGACCACAUCUUGAGGAAAUGUUCCUUUUGUUUUUCUGUGAAAAGCUUUUUAUUUUGCUACUACUAUCUUUUUUCUGUAUUGUAGAUUUGGUCUUGUAGCUAAUGGGGGGGUCCAGAUUAUUCCUGUCACAGAGUGUUGGUGGUUCUAACAAAAAGUCAUUUUAUUUUGAAAAAAAAAAAAAAACAGAUAUAGUUUUAUCUGAUAUUGGUAUUGAAUAAGGAUGUAAAUUUGUGUUUACUAUUCCAUGAAAGUAUGGUUUAGUCAAUCCUUCCAGGUGUCUUUCUUUGAAAUAUUUUGAAUUAAUGAAAUAUUGCAUUUAAUGUCUUAAAAUGAGGUACUCAUUUUAAGUUAUUUAAUCUCAAAUUAAUAAUACUGAAACGUGAUAUGGACUGAAUUUCAUCUGAUGUGGGUGUAUAGUUUCCUGCCCGUUUAACAAAGCCCAGCAAGAUAAAUCUAAAAAUCAGUUUCUUUACCGUUUUGAAUUUCUGAAGCAUGAUUUUUUUUAUUGUUUAUUUUGACAAUUAUAGUUUGUAGUAUUAUGUACCAGUGCAUAAUGCUCCAGAAAGUUAAUAGGUUUAUUUUUAAGUUAAAAAUAAGUUAAUCAAGGAAGUGUAUGUAUGAGUUGUUUUUGAUUGUUUUAAAACAGGCCAGUUACUAAGUCCCACCUUUAUCUGCCUCUUUAUCUACCAAAAUUUGCACUAAUAUUUAUGUUCUGACUUGUGUUCUGUUAACGUAUAUAUUCUUUCAUUGUUCAUUCAAAUUGCAAUUGGUUCUGAUGCACCCUGUGCUUAAUUACUUUAUCUGCCUCGGCAAAAAAAAAAAAAAAAAAAAAAUUCCCCCAAUGAAAGAUUUAUAUUAAUAUCACAGUAAUUGUUUUUUCUUUCUGUGCCUUUAUUUGUGAUAAGAUGGUAUCAUCAGAUGAGUUUUAUUUCUUUUUCACUACAUAAUUUUUCACAGAAAAUAUCUACAUAAUGCUCACUGAUAACCUUUAUUUUUAUUUUUAUAAAUUACUUUUUUUUUUUAUUUCUUCAGUGAGUUCAAAACACACUUUGAAAUAUGCUUUUGCUGUCUUAACACAUUUGAUGCAGUGAUAAUGGGGUUAAAGCGCAGACUGUCAGAUUAUGGUUUAUGUCAGUCUGGUUUAUUUUGGUAACACUUUACAAUGAGGUUCAUUAGGUAACAUUAACAAAUUACAUUACAAUAAAAUUACAUUAACAAGAAUUAAUAAAUUGUGUAGUAAGUGUAUUGUUUAUUGUUUGUUCAAGUACGUUUAUACAUUAACUACAUGUUAACAAAUGCACCUUAUUGUAAAGUGUUAUCUUAAUUUUUUGAUUUCAUUAUGUAAGCCUGAAAUAACAACUAUGAUCUAAUGUUCAGUACUUUUGAACAUUGCACUAACUCUUUCUAAGCUUGAGACAAAGCAAUACUCCAGAAGAUGUUUCUAGAAAGUAUAUUUCAUGCCUGUAUUGUCUGUCCCUUGUGUGUUUCUGCAUGGCAGGUCUGAUAACAUUAGUUGUACAUUUCCAUGCAUUGUGAUUCAAUCCUUUUCAGUGUAUCAGUAAAACACUACCGGGGUACUACUGCAGGAAAAUGUUUCUAGAAAAAACAAAAGAGAAAGGGUUCUUCUGAAUGUUAAAGGAUGCUUGAAAUUUAGAUUGAAUGUCAACUAAAGAAGACUGUACAAUGUCUAUUUUCUUUACUUUUUUUUAAUACAAAGUAUUGUGUUUUAUGUCCUGGCACAUUUGUCAACAUGUUGAGAUGGUAGGGUGUGUGUUCUUUCAUCUUGAGAGAUGGAGAAAGGGUUACAUCUUGAGCCCCAGAGACUGAACUGAUUCAUGAAGUGAUUGACAUUUGUACCUGACCAAUGGGAUUUUAACUUUAGACCCUUCUGAACACACACAAAUACAUAUAUGUGUGUGUGUGUGUGUGUGUUUAUUUAUCCCCCCAGUAGAUUUUUUUUAUUUUUUUAUAUCAAAUGCAUCUAUUAAGUUUUUUUUGUCGUUUUUUUCUCUGAUUUUUUUUCUUGCUAUUAUUAUUUUGAUUGCUGUCAACAGAAAUGUUUGGCGUUUAAAUGCUUACUCCAUUAAUAGGCCUAGUUUUAGAGCAUAGCAGAAUGAAAGGGUUAUAAUAAUGAACUUAUUUAUGUACAAUCAAUAUUUAAGGCUGCUUUGUGGUAUUGUAGUGUAUAAAUGAUUGUAUAUAUGUAAAGAUAAGACAGAUUUUGAAACUGGAAACCCAUGAUGUUAGACUUUGCUCCUGGCUUUGACCAAAUGUUUGACCAACAAACGUACAAGAACCCACCAGAUAAAAUUUGAAAGGUUUGCAAAAA